AUGGGCAAGCAAGAAUGGAUGGUCAUCCUCCCGGACAAGCCCGGCGCAUUGGAAAUGAGGAUGAAAGUUCGGCCGUAAGAGACAACAUCCCCCCACCACCAAAAAGAGACAGAGAGAGAGAGAGGACUGCAAAAAAUUGAUUCAUAUCGUAUCAGUCAACAUCUCGAAGCGAUCAAGCCACAAGUCGACAGCGGAUUGGUCGUGCUGGGCGGAGCGAGCCUGGAUGAGCCGUUGAAAGAGGGACUGGCACCGAAGAUCAACGGGAGCGUGGUGAUGUACGAGGCGGAUUCGGAAGAGGAGGUGUGGAAAGCCGUGAAGAGCGAUGUCUAUUACAAGGAGGGGGUUUGGGAUGUGGAGAAGGUAUGUGCUCUGUUGUUGUAUAAGGGAAUGGAGUUUUGUAGUCGUUGCCGAAUGGGGCUUUUGCUGACGAGGUGAUUGUGCAGAUCAAGGUCUUUCCAUUCAAGAGUGCUGUGCGACAGGGUCUGUAG